CACCGCGAGCUCCUCAUUCCCCACUCGCAACCCGUGUACGACGCACGUGUGACGCGCCCGCGUAUUAUCCAUAUCGAACCAGUGCUAGUAUCGUGUGUGAAUUAUGAAGGCUAUAACAGCAGUGUGCGCGACCGGCGCUUCCGUCCCCGCUAUCGCUGGAGGCAGAAUCCACAGACAUCGGGAUGGAGAAAACGCAGAAAUCCAAAUGUAUCUGUCGAAGCUACAGGACCUGGUUCCUUUCAUGCCGAAGAACAGGAAGAUUUCCAAGUUGGAGGUGAUCCAGCACGUUAUCGACUACAUCUGUGACUUGCAGUCAGCAUUGGAGUCGCACCCUGCAGUGAGCCAGUUCGACGCGGAGACGGCGCUGGCGGCGGCCGCGCAGCUCCCGCCCGCCCCGCCGGCGCCGCGGCGGCAGCCCCUCGGGCCCCGCCCUGCGCCCAACACCAUCCUCCGCAAAUCUCCCGCCACCCCCACGGAACACAGGACUCAUCCGACGACGCCUGAAAAACACAUUGAUCGGCCGAUGUCGUGCUAAGCAGUGUUGAAAAUUAAAAGGACAGUACAAUUUUCGGUAAUUGUUCAAUGUACAUGUAAAAAGCUGCUGCUAUGAGAAGCACGGCAGAGUGAGUCCUCGGGAGUGGAGAUGAAGAGAUAUCCAGUGUUAUUCAUCCUCGGAGAUGAUGUCCUAAGUACGAUCUCGUUAUGAUCAAUGUAUCUUUAUUUAAUUGUAUGAACUUGUGGCAUUACAUCAGAAGACUUGUGCAUUACAAUGCAAUCGACGUCGUCGUUGUGAUGACAGAUUGUUUUGUUAUCAUGUUAUGUAAAAAGCUUUAUUAGUUUUUAAUCCACUUGUAAUUAGACAUGUUUGUACAUAAUGUUGAGUGAUUUGAGAACAACCUGUAUGGACUGCCACCUUGUAUUGCAGCUUGACUGUAUUUUUCCAUUUAUUUUCUACGUUUGAACUUAAACCUUAUUCUUUAGUUUCUAAAACAAUGCUUCCAUUUAUAUCAAAGAUGUAAACCAAUUAUAAGUUGGUUUCAAUAAUUUUAUUACUUUUUAAGUUAAUUUCUUGAGUGUGAUUUGUAUAGCGACAUGUUGCUAUUAGAAUAAAUGUAUGGAGUUUAUUUUGUGAAUUAUGAACGCAAUUUAUUUCUAAUUAAUUUAUAAUUUGCGUCAUCGAGAGUGAUGUAUGUAAAUAAUGUAAGUAAUAAAGUGACUAUAAAAAUUAGUGAAAACUAUCGAUUUGAGACCUAUAUGAUUUUUAUUUUGAAUAUAAGGUGGAAAUGCUUUAAUUAUCUUUUAUGAUUCUUAUUACUUUAUCGCGUAGUUUAAUUUAAAAUAGACUGUUAUAGAAUUAGUUAUUGAGUAUUGUGUUAUUUUGAUAAUUGAAGUGAUUGUUGAUGGAUGUGGAAUGAUAUCUGAAGCAAAUUAUGAAAUGUUACUUACAAACGCUGAGUGUCACAAACAUGUAACUAUGAACUAACAAUUGUCAAUGUGUUCCUUUUUUGUUUUAAAAAAAUAUCACAUUUUCAAACAUCUGGACACAAAUAAACAACAAAAUAAAAUAUUCUGAUAUAUUGAAA